CAUUCCCUUCCCAAUGAAGAACAAUUCAGCCAUCCUGUGAUGUUGGCUUCAGGGAACAGCUCUUCUCAUCCUGUGUCCUUCAUCCUGCUUGGGAUCCCAGGACUUGAGAAUUCCCAGUUUUGGAUCGCCUUUCCAUUUUGUGCUAUGUAUAUUGUGGCUAUAGUUGGCAAUAUUACUAUACUUCACAUAAUUCGAACUGACCACACCCUGCAUGAACCCAUGUACCUCUUUCUGGCCAUGCUGGCUAUCACUGACCUGGUCCUCUCUUCCUCCACCCAACCUAAAAUUCUGGCUAUUCUCUGGUUCCAUGCUCAUGACAUUGAAUAUCAUGCCUGCCUCACCCAGGUGUUCUUUAUCCAUGCCUUUUCUUCUGUGGAGUCUGGGGUGCUCAUGGCUAUGGCCUUGGAUCGUUAUGUGGCUAUCUGCUUCCCACUUCAUCACUCUAGUAUCCUGACCCCAUCUGUGGUAGGUAAACUGGGGGCAGCUGUGAUGAUGAGAGGGCUGUUGUGGGUGAGCCCCUUCUGCUUUAUGGUCUCUAGCCUGCCCUUCUGCCCCAACCAGGUCAUUCCUCAGUCAUACUGUGAGCACAUGGCUGUGCUGAAGUUGGUGUGUGCUGAUACCAGAAUAAAUCGUGCAUAUGGGCUCUUUGUGGCCUUCUCAGUGGUUGGCUUCGAUAUGCUUGUCAUCAGUAUAUCCUAUGUGAUGAUCUUGAGGACUGUGCUGGGGUUGCCCUCUAGGGAAGCCCGAAUGAAGGCUUUUGGCACAUGUGCCUCCCAUAUCUGUGUCAUCUUGGCUUUUUACAUCCCAGCCCUCUUUACUUUUCUCACCCACCGCUUCGGUCAUCAUGUGCCCAGAGUGGUACACAUCAUGUUGGCUGAUCUCUAUCUACUGGUCCCCCCCAUGCUCAACCCCAUCAUCUAUGGAGUUAGAACCAAGCAAAUCAGGGACAGGGUUAAUCAAGGAUGUUGUGGAAAAGACCCAUGAGCCCAGGAACACAGCAUCACAACCAACCCAACUGCCCUACUGAUCUGGGGAGAGAAAUGCAGGAAGUUUGCCUGGCCAUCACAUAUCAUCAGUAAGUUAUUUCUGUGAACAACUGGCUCAGAGGUUGGCAAGCUUCAAAAGCAAAAAGAAACCAUUUUCAGGAUGUCCAGAAUGAGAGUUCUCUAUGAGAUGCAGCUGAUAAGUGCUUAGUUGACCUUUGUUCACCAUCACAAGAAAACAGUAAAAAAAGUUUACUUCUAAAAUUAGUGAAUAUUUCAAAAGAAUAUCACUUUACACAGACCACUAAGGUGAAAAUUGUUUUUAAAUUGUUUAUAGAAGGAUAAGUUGGUAUACUUUCUUAAAAAGGAGUAUAGAAAUUUCCAUCAAAAUGGUUAAAAAUGUAUAUAUUUUCCCUAUACUGGAAUCUUGCUAUAGAAAUAAAGUUUUAGAAAAAAGUAC